UCGCACGCAACAACUACUUCCGGGUCAUGCAUGGGCGCAAAACUUACCUUUCAAAAAUGCCGAAAAAGCGCUUCCAAAGAAACCCUUCAAGCGACGAUCAUAAAGAAAAUAUACUGUUAAAAUCAAGGAAACGUAAGGCAUCAAGUCCACUUGAAGACAUUGAUAUCAACAUUCCAGAGUCCAGCAGCAAUCACAUAAAGAACUCAACAUGGGACAUCGACUCUGCUCUUACCAAAAAGAUCCUCCAUGAUAUGGGCGCUGAGGUCCUAUCACAGACCAGCACAGAUAGUUGCGGCAGCUCCGAGACAACCCCUGCCAUCACUGCGUACACCGAGAACAGCCAGAGCAGCUGUUCAAGUUUUAAUUUGCCUCCUGUACCAGGGGCACCUAGAAUUUUACUACCCAAUCAGAGAGACAAUGUGACCUCAGGCAGCGAUGAUUCAGAAAGCAGCUUAGAUGAUAAAAUCACACCCUCAUUCAAAUCAUUUCAUUCACAUCCAGAACAUCAUUUAAAAUUGUAUAUAAAUAGACCAGCUAAACGACAAAGGACCGAUCCAUUUGCAUUUGAUCACUUUGGCGUGCUAUCAGAUGAGAUGGUGCUAGGUAUAUUCAGUUGGUUGCCAAAGUUUGUGCUCGCAAAAUGUGCUAGAGUGUGCAAGAAGUGGAGCAGAUUAGUGCUAGAUGAGUCUUUAUGGAAGAGGAUAGACCUGUCUACGAAGACUCUGGCCCCGGGGGUGCUGGGACAUGUGCUUAACAGGGGUGUGUGGGCGUUACGAAUGGCAAAGUCUGAGAUUGAAGGCCCGAUAUUCACUGGUCCAUCUAGUCCAAUAAAAAUUACAAGACUCAGCAAGCUUCAGUACCUGGACCUCAGUAUGGCAGGGGCAAGUCCAGAGGUGCUGGAGGAAAUAUUCUCCGUAUGUAGAGACCUGCGCAAAAUUAGCCUGGAGAACCUUGAAGUGAACGACCGAAUAUGCAGCCACAUUGGUGAGAAUAAAGAAUUGGAAGCGCUCAACAUGGCUAUGUGUCAGGGAGUGACAGCUUUUGGUCUAGUGCCUUUGUUAUCCCAUUGCAGGAAGCUAGAGUCCCUACACAUGGGCUGGACCAACCUGCAUCGUCACAGCGUGGUUUACCUGUGUCUGUGUGCCCCGCCCUCUCUCAGGCAUCUCAACAUCAGUGGCUGCAGGGAGAACAUCACUGACGAAGAGGUACAGCAGCUGUGUAAAACUUGUCCUAACCUUAGAGAGCUUGACCUCAGUGACUCCACAGCCCUCACAAAUGAGUCAGUGAUCUGCAUUAUGACCCAUCUAGAUUGCCUGGAACAUCUGUCACUUAGUCGCUGCUACCACAUUUCUCCCGGAGUCAUUCCGGAUUUAAAUGACAUGGUGAGUCUCCAAGCAGUAAACGUGUUUGGUAUGUUGAGGGAGGGACCCUUGGAAGUCCUCAAGUCCAAUAUGCCUCGUAUUGAGGUCAACAGGUUUCAGUUCUCUGAAGUCGCCCGCCCAACGACGGGCAUUCGACGGACUAGCAUUUGGGGAAUAAGAGUGCGAGAUAACGCUGUGUAGUUUGUGUGAGAUUGGGGUGAAUUAACAAAAAAUCUGAAGGCUUUCACACACACAAACAAUUGAAAUAAAGUUGUAUCAUCAAAAAGUUAUUUCCUUCUUGAUAGACAUUUUGCAAACAUGGAAUUGUUAAAAUGCUAAAUCAUUUUUAAUUAAUAUUGGGAAAGAAAGUUUACUGCAAUUGAAUAGUUUUAACAAUUUUUUUUUAAUCAGCUUAAAGCUAUCAUAGAUGUUAAUGUUCUUUUGCUCAAGUGUAUUUUACAUACAUGUAAAUGUACAGGUUUGUUUGCAAGUGCAAGUGAAUAUACUGAUAUGUGCUUUAAACAUUUAUUUUACUUUCAUGUAUGAUGAUUUUAUCAAUUAAAUAUGGAUGUAUGUAUAUAGAAAGUGCACACUCACAAAUAAAUAUGAGUGAUUAAUAUAGGUAGGAAGAAUAUUUGCUUAAUCUAUAACAUGGAAUAUAUGUAGCUACGUGAAAAAUAUUGAUAUUUAUCUGAAAUAUUUUACUUCUUCCAUAAAUUAUAUCAUUUCAUAGAAUGUUUCCUGUGUCUGAUGAAUGAACUUUUAUGUUUCAAGCCAAUAUGUACUCAAGUUAUCUCCCUUCGCUCAUUAUUCAAUGGAGUUUUAUGCAUAUUUUUGAUAUAUUAUCAUGAUCUCAUGGUGGUAAUAAUUAAUUGAAUUAUCUUUGAAUCAUUACAUGAUAAGCAUUAAGAAUCAUAUUAAAGCAAUUUUUUGUUCAAAGUAUACACAAGUAAUUUAUCAUCAUGCAUAAAUGAUUGUAUGUUUCUCCAUUUGGAAUUUCAGUUUCAUAUGUCAGCUUUUGGUAUUUGAGUUAUAAUAUGCAUGUUUUUGAUGUAAAAUAUGGGGAAAAAAGAAAGAGUUUUGUUUAAGUCAUGAAACAUCUAAAAUUCUUAUAUUAGUAAAUACAGAAAUGAAAGUCAACUAAGUCCAUUUGCUGUGUUAGAACUUUUGUUUAAUGUACAUUAUUGAUGCAUAGAAUUGAGUUUGAUAAACAUCUUACAGAUGUUAAAAAAAUUUCCCUUCAAAUUGAAUUAUGUAAAAUUUCAUCAACGAAAAAAUCUGAUUAGAUCUAUAAUAUAAGCUGCGACCCAGGAAAACUUUGCUUAAUGCAUUCACUGAAACUAUCGUCCCAUUAAACUAUGUAGUCCGCACAGUCAAAUCAGGGGCAACAUGUUUUGCCCAGCCUGGAUUUUUAUUAAGAAGAGACUUCCUGUCCCUGAUUAGGCUGUGAAGACUGCAUCCAGAUUAGGCUGUGAAGACUGCACCCAGAUUAGGCUGUGAAGACUGCACCCAGAUUAGGCUGUGAAGACUGCACCCAGAUUAGGCUGUGAAGACUGCAUCCAGAUUAGGCUAAGACUUCCUGUCCCUGAUUAGGCUGUGAAGACUGCACCCUGAUUAGGCUGUGAAGACUGCACCCUGAUUAGGCUGUGAAGACUGCACCCUGAUUUCCCAUAAUGCAGUUUAUUUAUAUUUAAUUUUUGGAUGCCAAUAUCAUGUCAAUCAUGUGUCGUUUCCUAUUAGUGUGUUCAUAACCAAUUAGAUUUAUGUAAUUAUUAUAAUUAUGUUCAGCUUAUUUUUUUAUGUUCAUUGACCACUGUUCUUUGUUAUAAUGUCUUUCCUCCCACCACAUGUGUUCAGCUGUUGUUAAUUUAGUUCUUGAUGAAUGCAUUUGUAUCAUGUUGUGUAAAAUAUUAUAGGAUUAUUGUUUAACAGGUUUCAAACGUAGUUGAAAAUCCUGGUUAUUUGAUUCAUGUAUGGCAGUAGGGUAGCAUCAAACUGAUGAUGUUUGGUCUGUAAUUUUCAUUUUGCACUUGCCAAACUUGUGCUUGAAUGGAUUUAUUGCACUGAUUUUUUUUUUGUAGCUUGCGCAAACACCUAGCUUUGAUUGUGUUUGUGUAAGUUGGGUUCAAAAGACCAACAACGAACAGAUGGUUACUGGCAAAAAACUUACGAUUGGUUUGACCAAUUUUGCUGAAACUUGUUGUAUAUCUUGUUUUCAUUGAGAUUUACUUAGGAUUGAAUUUUCAGCAUGUCAUAAUAUGUAAAGGUCAAUGUCACUCUUACUAAAAAUAUUUGUGUCUUGUUCUGAGAAAACUUGGCAUAAUGCAUGUGUGUAAAGUGUCAUCCUAGAUUAGCCUGUGCAGUCCGCACAGGCUAAUCAGGGACGACACUUUCCGCUCAAGACACAUAUAAUGGAUUUCCGGUGAAUGACUAGUUUGAAAUUGAAUGGAGAUAUUUACAUGUACUUGUAAACAUGGCCUCAGCAUCAUAUUGAGAUGAAUUGUACAUAAUACAUAUUUUUGUAGCAUAUAUCAAGCAAAAAGUGUGUUUCCUCUCAUCUAAUGUGUUCAACACCAAUUAGAAUUGUAUUAUUUGAUACUGUAUGUUCAUAAUAUGAGUCAUGUUCUGAGAAAACUGGGCAUAAUGCAUGUGCAAAAAGUGCCGCCCAGAUUAGCCUGUGCAGUCUGCACAGGCUAAUCAGGGAUGACACUUUUAGCUUUUAUGACAUAUUUGGUUUAAAUGAAGUCUCUUAGCAAAAAUCCAAUUUAGGAGAAAUGUCUUCCCUGAUUAGCCUGUGCAGACAACACUUUACGCACAUUCAUUAAGCCCAGUUUUCUCAGAAUGCGCCUAAUAUUUUCUGAAAAUCAAGCGUGCUUACAGGGUCCUUAGUCAUAAUUUCCUCCCCACCCCAUGUGUUCAGCAUCUGUUAGACUAUUAUUAUAUUAAUGUAUGUUUAUUAUAAUUUUUGUAACAUGUAGUUUAAAGACCUAGGGUCUUUGUUAUUAUUAUAAUGUCUUUCUUCCCACCAAAUGUGUUCAGCAUUCUUUAGAUUUAGUUUUUGUCACAAAAUAUGUUAAUCAGUAUAAAUUUAUGUUUUGUAACUGAAUAGUGUGAAACUUGUAAAUGUGUGAAGAAUAGUGUAGAUCAGUAGUCAAUAUGAAAUAGAAAAAGAUGGCAUUCAAACGUACUGGUACAUAAAAACGUGUCAUUCAUAGUUUUAUUUAUGUAUCUAGCGAGUAUGGCACCGUUAAGUAUUGAAUGUUUGCAGUGCACAUUUGUUUAUGGGAACAAGAGUAUCAAAAGAGAGAACAUGAAUUCUGUUGAAGGUUAAAAAUAAAAAUAUUUGAGGACUUAUCCUGUUUAAAACAUAAAUAUAAGUUUUUUCCAAAAAAGCUGAUAUUUUUAAACUUGAUGUUGGUAUGAUAGCAGCUCACUAAUUUUUUUGAGAUUUCAGAACUUCGAAUUGUCCAAAUUACAUAGAUAUAGAAGUAUUUGGUCUAAAGUUAAACUAAAUCAUUCUUUAAUAUUGCAAUAUUUCAGCAAAUGCAGUAUAACUGGUUAUUUUGAGUUUGUAAUAAAAUAAACUAUUUAGAAUCUAAUGUCUUAAAAUAGAUGUUCAAAGGAAACGAUAUCUGUAGUGUUUACCCAGUAGAGCAUAGGGGCAUGACAAGUAAGUUCCAUGAUAUCAUGCCAGAAAAUGAAGAUAAAUUUAUUCAACUAUUAUACGUUUUAUUAAGUCCUAACCGAUAGUUAUUUUUAAUUUGCAGACUGAAUCCUUUGGACUAGAUUAGAAAUGAUCUCAAAAACAACUAGUGUAAAGGCUGCAUGGUACUUUAUCAUAUGUAAGAAGUUUCAAGUAUUGGAUGUGUGAUAGUCUAUUUGAAGAGAAGUUUUAAACAUAUUUUGUAUAACUUUCAGGAAACAAAGUUGUUACAGAAGGGGGUAUACUAGUUUUAGGUUGUCUGUCGUUGUCUGGCACGUUUCCGUGCUCAAGCAGAACAGUGCCAGUACUACAUGUUUUUCAAUCAGCAAAUGUUUUGACAAAAUAAAUAUAAGUUUGCAUUUUUAUGUAUUUUAUGAUUAUAUGUCAUUUUAAUUAUAAAACAUAUACAAUUUAUCAAAUAUUGGACAAGAGUUUCUGAACAGCCGUUUUGCUUCUUUUCAGUAUCAAUGCUGUGAUUAAGUGAACUGUAUUUUAUUGUUUGGUCACCUUACAAAGUUUUAAUACAAAAGUUUAAAAUGUUUAAACUGCAAUAAAUAUGUCAACUUAGAACUGAUAAAAACUAUUAAUAUUUGUACAAGUGAAACAAAUCCGCAUGUGUGCCAUAAAUCCUAAUGUAAAAAAUGUUUGAUCUGCUAUUACCUGGUUUUACCACAAACUCAGUUUUAACUGUUGAUGUUUAAAGUUGUAUUAACUUCAAGAAGAAGUUUAUUUAAUCAGUGUUUUGAUGAAAAAAUAUGUUGAAACAAUAAAUUAUUUUUUAAUAGCCA